AUGGCGGAUAGACAUAUCUUUACAAGCUCUGUGUUUCUCCUCAGUUUUGUGCUAUUUAUUGGUUUUAGAACACUUGGGCUUAGUUCUGACUUAUUUUAUAAAGCUCAUUCGUCUACAAUUCAUGUAUUUGGCGAAGAAAACCGUCAAAUUAAGCGGGAAUAUCAGCGAUUUCUAACUGUUGAUGUUGAUGAAUUACGAAAUGACGAUGAACAGACUCAAUCCCGAACGUAUUUUGUCGCACUUAACAAUCCUAAAGAAAAUGGUUCAUUUGGUUAUUACUAUGGCAAAGUUCACUUGUUGACAAUGUAUAUGUCUGAAGAUAGUAUCGUAGUAUCGGGCAAGGAAUACAGCUAA